AUGGAUACAUCAGCGGAAUCAAAUAUCCGCCGUAUCAAUACCAAUUCAUAUCCAUCAAAUACUGAAGAUGAUAAUUUGCAUGCACCAGAAGUAAGUGAAUCCACUUCAGGUGGGUCUCCAUCCAGCCCAGGAGGACAAACAAUAAAUAUGAGUGACAUGUCAUAUUCAAAUACUGUAUAUGCAAACAAGUCUCCUCUAGACUCCAAUAAUAAUAGUAAUGGAAGUAAUGCAACUCCAAUGGGAAUUAAUAUGGCAGCAACUUCAUUAGGUGAAAAAGCCAAGCGUAGAAAACAUAAAAAUUCUAAAUUAGGUUGUCCAAAUUGUAAAAAAAGACGGGUGAAAUGUUCUGAAGAUUUACCUUCAUGUCUUAAUUGUAGAAAACAUAAAGUUAAAUGUGGAUAUUUGGAUUAUACUGAAGAUCAAUUAAAUGAAUUGCGUCAAAUGAAAUUACAAAAUGAAGUUGAUGAACUUACAUUAAAUGCUAAUAAUAAUACUGGUGCCAUAGUUAAUCCUAAUGAAUACAAGGAAUCCCGAAUGGACUCCACUGUGAAAAAGCAAGUUAAGAUAAUACCAAGGAUACCGAUAGCAGAAAAGGAACAUCAUCAGCUGAAAGUAGCUAGUAAGCCUCAUCGUUCAUAUCAGUCAAUCACUCAGAAUUUUGAUAAUUUAUUGAGUGAUGAAUCACAUGAUAAUGAAUUACCAAUCAUCUAUCCAAUCUAUUCUAUCAAGAAGAGUAAUAGUCUCAACAAUACCGAUCAACAAAUACGACAAGAGACAACUCAACCGGUACCGACAUCAAAUCCACCAUCAUCAUUACAGCCUAGUAGUCAACCACUUCUCCCGCCUUCAAAUCCAUAUUGGAAUCUAUCAGAAUUCAAUCUUGAAAAGACUAAACCAUUGCCAGGGGCAAUCAUCAUUCCAACCAAAUUUAUUCAUAAACCUCGUCCCAAUAUUAAUCAUUUACAACAAUUAAAAUCCAUGGUUGAAGCAGCAGGACCUUCAAUUCAACAUGGAACAUUUUCAUUACCUCAAAUUCGACAUGUUUAUAGAACAUGGCUUACAUCAUUUGUUUAUCAAGCAUAUACUUCAGAAUUAAUGUUUAAUUGUUUACUUAAUUUAACUACCAAUUAUUUAAUCUCGAAUUGUUUUCAUGAAAAAUAUCGAAAUUUAAUUAAAUUGGGCCAGAAUCAUCAAUCUGGGGCAAUACAAUUAUCAAAUAUUAGAUCAAUAUGUAUUGUGAAAUCAUUUAAACAUUAUGCAAAGGUUAUUAAAGAUUUAAGAAGAAUGUUGAAUACUAAUGAAGAUCCUGAUUUAGUUGGAUCUGUUUCAUAUAUUCUUAGUUUAAUGUCAAUUUAUGAUCCUGAAGCAACUUUAAAUUCAAUAAAUUGUUUUCGAGAUGGAUUAUUUAGUAUUUUAAAUUAUAAUAAUAAUUCAUUAGUUAAAGAAGGUAUUACCCCCAAUUUAAUUACAGUUCAUCUAAAACUUAUGACAAAUAUUGUUAGAUCAAUUUAUUUACCAAGUUUUAAUCCGGGGUUUUUAAAUGAAUUUAGACAAAUGUUAAUUAGAUUUGGUGAAUUAAUAACUUCAAGUAUUGAAUUACAAUCUCAACGAUAUGGGAAUGAAGCUCAUAAUAAUGAAUAUUUCACCUUUCUUAAAUUAAAAUUUGAUGAUUUAAUGAAUUUUACAAAUGAUACAAUUAAUAAUUUUAUCCCCAAUGUUACGGCCAAUAUGUCAAAUUUACAUGUUCAACAAGAAUUAUUAUAUGAUAUGAUUUAUAGAUGGGUAAGAUUAUUUCCAGCCAGAUUAAUUGCAGUAAGACAAUCUAAUGAUCCAUUUGAACAAGUAUUAUAUUUAUUUUAUAAAGUAUUCAAGAAAUCUUUAUAUGCUAUAUUCCCCCAAGUUAAAUUUUAUUUUCUUCGAGAUUUUGAUAGUCCCUUGAUGUUGGAUGUAUUUGCUGGUGAUAAAGAUUUGGAUAUAUUUUAUCAUUGGCUAGAUAAUCCUAUUAAUUGUAAUAUUUCCCACGAGAUUUAUUCACCAAUGAUACCAGAAUUAAAACAUAUGUCAUCAUAUCUUAUAAGAAUUAUUACCUUUUUCCAAAUGAGACUUUAUUUAUUAUAUAGAUUUAUGGUUUAUGAACCAAUUGCUAAAGAAAAGUUUCCAAUUGAUAAUGUUAAAGAAUGGAGAGAGAAAAUUUAUGAUGUUGAAUUGACAAGAUCUGAAUUUAAUGAAGUUAUUGGAUUAUCAGAAUUUCCAAUUGAUAAUGUUAAAGAAUGGAGAGAGAAAAUUUAUGAUGUUGAAUUGACAAGAUCUGAAUUUAAUGAAGUUAUUGGAUUAUCAGAAGUUCAAAUUACUUCCUUUUUAACUCAAUAUAUUAAAAAGGAUAAUUAUCCUUCGAUAACAAAUGAUGUUAAAAAUGGUAGAUAUCAUGAUUUAGAUGAUGAUGAUAUUAAUCUAGAUAUUGAUUUUUCAUCAUUACAACCAAGUGGAUUAUUAGCAGGUGAUUAUAAUAUCAUGACCCAUAUGUGA